CCUCCCUAUACAGGAUUGAUAUCACUGGCGAAAAGAGAUUUUUUGAAUUCGAGCAGUAGAACAGCCGCCAUGCUGGGAGAGACCAGCUUGUCACACUAAUGCCAGCUCCCUUGUGCUUUUAACUACCAGGAAGAACAGGACAAGGUUAUCAUUCAUUCGGUGAGUUGGAAUCAUUCUCGGCUCUAUUCACCGUUUGGAUUCCGCGCUGAAAACAGGCGAUUUCAUGAAUCCGUAUUCACUAGUUGAAACCAUGAUGGACAACAUGAGAAUAUUGUAAUUCUCCCUGAAGACAGACCGCGUCGUGGAAGAGCCGCAGGGGAAACUUCACAUUACCAAAGAUUCCGGAGUCCAACAUGGCGUUCAGUGUCCUCGGCGUGUUCCUGGGUCUCCUGCUGGAGGUGUCCACGCAUGGCCCCACCAGCAUUCCACGCAUGUCCUGGAAACACCAAGAUGUCAAUUUGAUAGAAUUCUCAGAAGAAGGAAUCUACAAUUAUUCCACACUGCUGCUGAGUGAAGAAAAAGAAGUCCUUUACGUGGGUGCGAGGGAAGCCAUCUUUGAGUUGAGCUUGAAAAACGUGUCGGUCAAGACCAAUAAGGUAAUAUGGAAAGUUCCUGAAAACCAUAUGUCCAUGUGCAUCUUAAAAGGAAAAUCUAAAGAGACCGACUGCCUGAACUACAUUCGGGUUCUGCAAGUGCUGGACGAUGACAGUCUGUACGUCUGUGGGACGCACGCCUUUCAGCCUCUCUGCGACUCUCUGUCUCUCGAGGAAUUCGAACUGCAGGGAAGGCAGGAAGACGGCCGAGGGAAGUGUUCCUUCGACCCUGCCCAGAGUUUCACCACAGUCAUGGUUGAUGGGGAGCUGUACUCUGGAACUGCUUACAACUUCUUAGGAAGCGAGCCCAUCAUAUCCAGAUACUCCCUCUCUCAGAGUUUGCUGCGAACAGAGUAUUCAACAUCAUGGCUGAAUGAGCCCAGUUUUGUUUUUGCAGACGUCAUCAGAGAAGGCAAGAACAGCUUAGACGGUGAAGACGACAAGAUCUACUACUUCUUCACGGAGGUGUCCGUGGAGUACGAGUUCUUCGGCAAGCUCCUGAUCCCCAGGAUCGCCCGUGUCUGCAAGGGUGACUUGGGCGGACAGCGGACUCUGCAGAAGAAGUGGACCUCCUUCCUCAAGGCCAAGUUGGUCUGUUCCAUGCCCGAGCUGAACUUUGUGUUCAACGUGGUCCACGACGUGUUCAUCCUGAAGACGCCCGACUGGAAAGACACCGUCAUCUACGGCGUUUUCACGUCACAGUGGGGGAACGUCGGCUUAUCGGCGGUGUGCGCCUACAACAUGUCCUCGGUGGAGGAGGUCUUCUCCAAGGGGAAGUACAUGCAGAAAGCCACGGUGGAGCAGUCUCACACAAAGUGGGUGAGGUACAAUGGAAUCACCCCCAGCCCUCGCCCUGGGGCGUGUAUCAACAACGACAAUCGACUGCAGAACAUCAACAGCUCGCUUCAUUUGCCAGACAAGACCUUGCAGUUUGUCAAGGACCACCCUCUGCUGGAGGAUCCGGUCCUUCCUAUUGGCAAUGGGCCCAAGCUUAUCACUAAGGAUGUGAACUACACCCAGAUUGCUGUGGAGAGGGUCCAGGCUCUGGACAACAACGUGUACGAUGUCAUAUUCACAGGGACGGAUAAGGGAGUCUUGCACAAAUCCAUAGUCUAUGAUGGAGUAGUGCACACAAUCGAAGAGAUACAGCUACUCCGUAAUGUAGAACCCAUAAAGACUCUGCUACUGUCUUCGGAAGGGACGAGGUUCCUCUAUGCUGGCUCCGACUCCGGGGUUGUGCAGUCCCCGACAGCCUUCUGUCACAAGUACGCUUCCUGUGAGGACUGCGUUCUGGCACGCGACCCCUACUGCGCGUGGGAUGCAGAGUCCAGAGCCUGCGUCAACAUACUGCAGGACCGGGACCUUGCCCUACGGAACUUGAUACAAAGCCUUAAUGGUGAUGCUGACAAGUGCCCUAAUGUGAGGGGCCGGUCCGUGGAGCCCUUCCAGCAGAUGGUGGUGAGGCCGGGGAGCUCGGUGGAGCUGCCGUGCCAGGUGCGGUCCAACCUGGCGCAGACGCUGUGGACGGUGAACGGGAGCGCGCUGACCGAGGCGUCGCGCUUCCACCUGCUGGCCGAGGCCGGCCUGCUGAUCUACAGCAUGGCCCCCGAGGACCAGGGCCGCUACGAGUGCUGGUCCCUGGAGUGGGCCGGCGGCAAGAACUUCACCCGGCUGGUCACCGGCUACCUGCUCAGUCUGUAUCCGUUCAGGAGGCAGCCCGCGCCCGACCCCUCCGCCCCGCUCACCUCCACCUCCACCGCCGCUCACCGCCCCACCGCGGACGCCGAAGGUAACGCCAGCACGGCUGGACCCCCACUAACCUCGGCCCCUCCCAGCUCGGCUAACUUCAUCUCCCCGCCCCAGCCCGCGACCUCACUAACCCCCGGCCUCAGCAGCACGGUCGCCGUGCAGAAGCACUCGUUCCCCGGCUCCGACGCGCCCAGCCCGGAGACCCGCGACCCGGCCACCGAGUACCUGCAGCGCGACAACGGCAACGCCCUGCUCUUCCUCUUCCUCCUCUUCUUCCUGCUCUUCCUGGCCGUGCUCGGCUACAACUGCUACAUGCAGUACCUGCCCGCGCCCUGCCUGAGGCUCCGCGCCGCCCUGCUGGGCGGCCAGAAGAAGCCCCAGCCGGAGUACCUGGCCUGCGAGGCGGGCCUCAUGGAGCCCGCGGCCGAGAAGCCCGAGCUCACGGAGCUCCAGCGGCCCAAUGGGGCCCAGCAGAGGGCCCUGAGGGACACCGGCUACGAGACCGAGCCGGAGUGCGGGAACGGCAAGAUCCCCUCGCUGGAGUACGGCGACGAGAGCCCGCCCAGGGAGAGGCCCUUCGACGUCGACUGCGAGUCUCAGCCCAUCGAGUACGCGGACGCCGACGCGCCGUACUGAUCUCGGAAAAACCGCCCGGUCCUCCGCUUCUGGACUCCGUGCCCUUUCGCUUUUCUCCUAGCUGCGGUUACUCCUCUAGCUGCGGGUUACUCCUCUAGCUGUGGUUACUCCUCUAG